AUGACGAAUGUAAUGGAGGCACUAAGUGAUGACAAUAUCAACUUCAUUGGAAUACAUGGUAGUGGGGGCGUUGGAAAGACAACUUUGGUAAAAGAAAUUGGUAAACAAGCAAAAUCUGAUAAGGUUUUUGAUGAUGUUAUGAUGGCUAUAGUAUCUCAGAACCCAAACAUCAAAAACAUUCAAGGUCAAAUAGCUAGCAUGUUAGGUUUCAAAGGAUUAACUGAUCAACAAAGUGAAAUUGAAAGAGCAAGCAUGUUGUAUGCAAGAUUGAAGGAUGUGAAGAAGAUCCUUGUUAUAUUGGAUGAUGUUUGGGCCAAACUUAAUUUGGUAGCCAUGGGCAUUCCAUUUGGCAAUGAUCACCAAGGUUGCAAAAUCAUAAUCACAACAUGGCGUGAGCUAAAUGUUGGCCAUGUUGUUGACUUUAACGUGUUGACUGUCACCGCUAAUGAGGUUUGUAAAGAAUGUGGAGGCCUGCCAAUAGCACUUGUUACGAUUGGAAGUGCAAUGAAGGAUAAAGAUGACCCUCUUUAUGGGAUGAGGCAGCUCGAGAAUUGA